ACAAUCGUCGUUGGUCUCUCUUCCUUCACCAGGGCUGCGUGAAGAAGCAGGGGAACCCCGUGCUCUCCUCUUGGCCCAUAGGGACAGCUCUGUAGAGUAGGUGUCACCCAGGUGAGGCUCCCACAGCCCAGGCUUGUUGGGUGCUCCUGGCUCCCACCUGGUUGGCAGUGUGGCAAAGGCAGCCUGGUUGUGUGUGACCAAUGCUGUUAAGACCACUGAGCCCUGCACACAAUUUUCGGGAGCUCAAGUGCAGUGUGUUUUAAGCCCUCGAGAACCUGUAGUCUGUGCUACUUGCUGCACUUGUCCUUCUGCCUGCCAGCAAUAUGGAAUGGGAACAUUUCCCAGCUGCUGGUCUCUGCAGCUUGCUGUCCUUCACCUGAACAAAUAGAGCUCACACAGAGCUCGUGGCAGAUGUGAUCCUGCUUUCUAUCUGAACCAGUUGAGCUCUUCCUGCAUUUUCCCAGGAUUUUGUAGCUUGAGGAGGCCCUUGGCUGUGCUAUAUGAGGCUUAGAGUGACAGCAAAGUGUUUCAGGAGGACUGGUAGUCUUUGUAUUGCCACUGUCAAGAAAUGUGAAGAAGGUCAGGCCCUUGCUGCUCUGAGGUAAGCUGUCUGGAGCAGGCUGAGGCAGCUUUGGGCUUCCUGCCCCAGCCCUGUGCCUGAAUGCUGGUGUGCAUGCCUGGGCCCCAGCAGUGCCCGCCCCACCUGCACGGUGUGCUCUCACUGGGAAGGGAGCCCUCAUCAACACUGUGCCUCCGAGGGAGACCUGUCAAUCCAGAGCUCAGGUAGAUGGCCUGUUCUCAGAGUUGCUCUCUGCGCCUGUCCUUGUGAACCAGGAACUGUUUCAGUUGAAGUGUCAGCGUUGUUUACUUCUUGCUGCUUAACACUGACAUUGAGAAAGCCUGAACCUCUCCAUCUGUUGUUGUCCAGAAUCUUAUCUUCUCAUCCUGUCCUCUGGCAUCACCUGUGCUGCAGAAGCAUGCCACUGACACAAAGAGCCACUGAGGAAACCGAAGAGCUGUAGAGGACGGUGCAGAGGUUCGGGGGCACACCGUGAUGGUUGGAGCCAUUCCACGGCAGCCACGUCGCUUCUGGGGGGUGCCUGGCUGGCAGGUGUCUUCAGCUAGUUGUGCCAACGACCGCCUGCUGAGGGACAGGGAAGUUAAUCCGGAGCAAAGUGGAGUUCUGCUGCAGAGGGAUGCUGUGCUGCAUUGCACCCUGUAGUGGAGAGCUCACCCAGACAUCCUGAGUGAGGCCGGGUCCCACUCCCACCCCCUGUCCUCACACCCUGACCUGUGGCACUUUACAGUUUCCCUUGUCCACUGUUGCAUGGGCUGUUCUGACUCAGGCUCUGCUUGGAGUCCAGGCAAGUAAGGCUCCAUGAGGCACAUCCACGCAGAGACAUCCCUGCCCCCGGAGCGCAGCACGGACUCCAGCCUGUCCCAGCCCAGUGGAGAGGCACCCUUGGAGCCUUCCUCACAGCACUGCGCCCACCACAGCAUCCUCAUGGGCUACAAGACAGAGAUCAAGCGCCAGAAGGUUUACCAGGUCUCCAUCUUCUCCCAUCUCUCCAGCUCCUCUGAAAGCAUGGAGCAGCGGGCAGGCAGCCGGGCGGCAAAGAGGAGUUACCCUGAGCAGCGAACUCUGGAGAGGGGGAGAGAUCCCAAACGAACUCACUGGGGUGGCAGGGGAGUGGAUAGCAAGUGUGAUGGAGGUCCUGGGCAGGCUUCCCUGGAUGAUGAUGAUACCUUCGAGGAUGGUCUGCUGGUGGAGGAGCUAUCCCUGUAUGGCUCUGCCCAGCACUUCUCCCACAGUGGGCUGAGAGUGGUGGAGCACCGGUGUGAGGGCAGCCCUAGCCACAGCCCCAAAGCUAGCAGAGAAGACAAGUUGCAGGAUGUCUCCUCCUCCUCCUGGCCUCAGCACAUUGCUUGCAGUACUUUGCACAUGAGAGACAGUUGCCCUGUCUCAUUGGGGGAUCAGCACCCAGACUAUGGAGAAAAUGGGGAGCAGGCAAGUGGCCGCAACUUACUUCAUCUUGAUUUGCACAGUAUUGCACAAACAGCCCGGUUGGGCUCUGAUGGGAAGGAGAAGCCGGGGAGCAGCCCAGCUCACAACAGCAGGGCUAGUGGAGAAGAGGAGCAGCCACUAGUGUCCAAUGGGUGCAGGGAGCCUCCAGCUUCGCAGACAGCACUCAGCCCCAAGCCCGGCAACCUCAGCUCCCUGGAGAAGAUGCCCUGUGGGAGCAGCCAGCUCAGCAGCAGCAGCAGCUGCAAGGCCAAAAGGAAGCUGCUGCCUGCUGGUGAUGUUGUGACUGACUCUGAGGACGAGAGCCUGUCCCCAUGGGCAAGAAAGAAGAGGGUUCUGCCAUGCCACAUGGCAGCCACGGCCUGCCGCAGCACUGAUGCCAAGGGGGCCCCCUUCUGGAAUCACCUGCUUCCCAAGGCCCAGAGCUUUGCGGAUUGCAGUGCAGUUGAGAGGAGGCUGAAGAGUGGGCUGCAUCUCAAAUCGCGACAUCUCCGGAGCAGGCUCUGGCGGGGCACCAGGUCCUCUGCAGCACCUUGGACCACUACCACUGUCAGCCAUGCUCUGCUGGGCAACUUUGAGGAGUCCAUCUUGAAAGGGUGCUUUGCACCAUCGGGGAGGAUUGAGGGAUUCACAGCAGAGAUUGGUGCCAGUGGCUCCUACUGCCCCCAGCACGUCACCCUGCCUGUUGAUGUCACCUACUUCGACAUCUCCGAACACAGCAUGCCCUCGCCUUUCCUGGGAGUGAUUGACUUGGAGGCCUUGGGAAAGAAGGGUUACAGUGUCCCCAAAGCUGGAACCAUCCAAGUGACCUUAUUUAACCCCAACAAGACUGUGGUGAAGAUGUUCUUGGUGACGUAUGACUUUGAGGACAUGCCAGCCAACCACAUAACCUUCCUACGCCAUCGCAUUUUCCUGGUGCCUGUUGGGGAGGAGGAACAGGCCGUCGUGGCCACCCACAACCCACCAGGUGCUGGCCCACCCCGCAAGGUCCUCUGCUAUCUUAUGCACCUAAGGUUUCACAGCUCCAAGUCGGGGAAGAUCUACCUUCACAAUGACAUCCGGAUGCUUUUCUCCCGCAAGUCGAUCGAGGUCGACUCGGGGAUCCCGUAUGAACUGAAAUCCUUCACGGAGAUGCCGAGGAACCCCUGCUACUCACCCCGGGCCUGACCUUCUCGCAGCCCCAGGUCCACCAGGGAGCCUCCAGCCCAGCACUUUGGAGAGAGUAAAAGGGCCAAAAACAAGCACUGCCUUGAAGUAUCACCCUCUCCACAUGCCCCGCUCCUCCUGAGCAGCACAGACACCGUGCCCGUGCCCUGCAGCAGGGCUGGGAUCACUGAGGGGGCUUCACCUGGAGGGGCAGGGGCUGAGGAGCAGCCCUGGCACUCCAGGACAUGCCCAAAGCUUCUGCCACUGCUGCUCCCAGCUGCACCAGCUUCUCUGCUGUAGCUGUGGGUGGGUGGCAGUGAAGAGUUGGGCCAGAGGCUCCAGGUGAGGCUACCCACACUGGUCCCAGGGCUGGGAGCAGGAAGUGCAGAAAAGUUUGUAUUUAUUAGUAUUUAUUGUUGCUAGGAGCACAGAGGAGGCUUGUGCAGAGGUUUGGAGGUGCUGUUCUGUUAUUUUCAGUGCUGGAUGAGGCCCCUGGUGGCGCUCGGAUUGCCUGGGUUGGGGCAGGGCUAUGGCUACUGUGAGAGACUGGAGUUAUGGGGAUAUUUUGGCCCAUGGAGGAGAGGGUAGGGCCAGGGUGCAGCUUGGCCAGGGCAUAGCUCCCAGGCUGGGGCUGUGUUUAAAGCCCCAGGACAGGCUGAGGCUUGCUGCUUAGCAGCUCUGUGAGGCCAGCCCUCCUGCUUCAGGCAGGCUGGGGGAAGCCUGGACUUGUCCUGCAGCCCCAGGAAGCCUGUGGCUGGCAGGGAAGGGUCUCUCAGCCCCAUGAUCCACGGCAAUAGUCAUGGCUGGGGACCAUGGUCAUGGGGGGACUGAGGCUUUCUACAGCAGUAUAGGGACAGCCCUCCUGGCAGGAACCUCUGGAGCCCACAUGGACAUUUCAAAAAAUACAGGGCCUUUUUCUGUCUCCAGGAGCUGGUUUUGGGCAGGAGCCUGGCACAGUGACCAGGUGCCAGAGGAUGGGCAGGAGCCUGAGCCCUAGCUUAGUCACGGGGAAGGGAGAAAGCAAUGGAGGACAUCAAGCGGGAGCUGUGUUAGGCCUUCGGGAGGAGGUUUGGGGAUAAGCUGGAACAGGGCCUGUCCCUGCUGCUGCCUGGAGAGCUGCGGGCCGAGCUGUGGGCUGGCCAGAGAGGGGAGAAGGGCUGGGGGAACCAGGCCCAUACGCGGCCUGCAUCGCCCCCAACCCGUGCUCGCCGCUGGGCUGCGGGGACCCCAGCCCCUCUGCAACGGGGAGGAAGAGCGGGGCACUUCCUACACCUCCGUGUGCCAGCCUGUGUGGGGCUGGGACCCCCGCGGUGGGCAGCACCCCCAGGACUGGGGGCUCCCAGGGCUGUCCACCGUUGUAGGGGGAUCGUACCGCGUAUCCGCGGCCCUCCCCUCCGCACCCACGGCUGGGGGCCGGCCGGAGGCGAACUGCACCCCCUACCCCCAACACCCCGGGGCCUUCGGGGGGCUCCGGCCCCGCCGACACACACAGGACACCGGCUCCCGGGGUCUCCCUCGCCCCCCAUCACCGGGGUCCUGCCCCGGGUCCUCCUCGCCGCGGCCCAGCGUGGGCAGACAGGUUGUACCGGUACUUUUCGUGCUUGUUUUUAAUU